UGUGCGCGGCCUCAUGGACGCCCGGUUGUGUACGCUCAUCCAAGUUCUAGCGAUCUUCGUCACCACGCUGCGCUCAGAUUCUCCGCAGUUUGUUGAACCUAUCGCCAACAUCACUGUGCCAGUAGGUCGAGAGGCUGUUCUUGCCUGCGUUGUCAAAGGAUUAGAGACCUAUAAGAUCGCUUGGCUGCGAGUGGAUACGCAAACAAUACUGACGAUCCAUUUGCACGUGAUCACGAAGAACAAGCGAGUAGAGGUGAAGCACGCCAACGACGGAGAUCGUGACGGGACGUGGUUCCUACACAUCCGCGAUGUGAAGGAGUCCGACCGCGGCUGGUAUAUGUGUCAGAUCAACACUGACCCCAUGAAGAGUCAGACUGGUUACCUUCAAGUAGUUGUGCCGCCGGACAUCUUGGACUACCCGACGAGCACUGACAUGUCCGUCAACGAGGGGAGCAACGUCACCAUGACCUGCGCCGCUUCCGGGUCGCCGCCCCCGCACAUCACCUGGCGACGCGAGACCGGCGACUCCAUUCCUCUCGCCAACGGCCAAGAAGUCUCGACUGUAGAGGGAUCGCAAUUCAAUAUUAGCAGAGUAAAUAGACUGCACAUGGGCCCGUACCUUUGUAUCGCAUCGAACGGUAUUCCUCCGUCUGUGAGUAAAAGGAUCAUGCUCAUUGUCCAUUUUCCGCCGAUGAUUUGGAUCCAGAAUCAGCUGGUGGGGGUGGAGGAGUCUCAGCAAGUCACGCUGGAAUGCUUUUCGGAGGCCUAUCCCAAAUCAAUCAAUUACUGGACGAGGGAGCACGGAGAAAUUAUAAAUCACGGUACAAAAUACGAGCCCGUGCUUAUAGACAACGCAUACAAAAUUCACAUGAAACUAACUAUUCGAGCUGUGAGUAAGUCUGAUUUUGGGACUUACAAAUGCAUUUCGAAAAACUCAUUGGGAGAGACGGAUGGUACAAUUAAACUAUACGAGAAUGAACGUGCGUCAACGACAACAACGAUAGCAACGACUACAAAGAAAAUAAUCCAUCGUGAUCACCCCACGCAUAGAAACAUAUCUGAGCCGAAGCGGCCGACGCCGUCAACGACGAGUGGGAAAACUCGUGGCCGGGCCCCUAGCUCGGACGUAAACACCCUCUCCCGAUCUCCGGAGACCAACUCUAACUCAAAAGGCGUUGCAGAUACGGACGAUGCAGUGAGGCAAAAGAAUAAAAUUUCCACCUAUAUCAAAGAUAAAGAUGUCUCUAAUUCAAGUUCCUAUAUUUUUGGAUCACCUCCUCUCUCGAUCAUUAGUUUUAUAGUAUACUGUUUUUUUAAUGUCAUCAUGUGAUUAUAAUAUUUUAUUGCUCA